CGUCAAGAAAGCCAGAGACAGAGGAGGAGGCCCGCUGCGGAUCUGCAGCCAGGGUCACCCUGCUUCUGUGAGGAGGGGACAUCAGAAGCAGGAAUCUCACCUGGGAAAUCCCCACCCUCUCUGAUAAAAUGCACACAGCUGCACCAAGGACAUCCGGGAAACAGGCAGAUCUCUAAGCGCUUGCUCUUGAAGCAAUUCCCGAUUCUUCCGCCCUGAAUAACUCAGCAUCUCGGAGGUUGCCAAGAACCGUCGGUCAGCGAAGGUGUGGGCCAGCUGUCAAAGGACAGAGCUCUGCCUUCACAGUUCUCUAAACUUUUCCAGGAUCAGAAGAAAAUGAACACAUCCCAGGGCUCAGUGCUGUUCGAGGAUGUAUAUGUGUACUUCACCCAGAAGGAAUGGCAGCUGCUGGAUCCUGCCCAGAGGCUCCUGUACAGGGACGUGAUGCUGGAGAACUACAGACACGUGGUAUCACUGGGGCACUGUGUUACCAAACCUGAGCUGAUAGUCAAGUUGGAGCAAGGAGACGAACCAUGGAUAUUAAAGAGAGACCCACCAAGUCAGAGCCACUCAGAAGUUCAGAAAGCCAAUAACAUGAAAGAGACAAGUCAAGAAAAUAAAGACAAAUAUUUGAGGCAGGCUUUAUUCAUCAAUGACAAAAUACCGACUAAGGAGAGAAGUAAAACCUUAAGGGAAACAUUUAGUAUGGCCACAAACACAGUGCCCUCAAGAAAAAUAUCCCAUAAAUGUGACUCAUUUGGAGCAAGCUUGAAAAGUGUUUCAGAACUCAUUAAUAGUAAUAGAAACCAUGUAAGAAAAAAGUCAGUUGAUUUUAGAUUCAUCUUUGGAGCAACUUCUUGA